CUAGCCCUCGCCCCAGGGAGCCUGGCGGGAGAGGACGAAGCUCGUAGGGAGUCCCCAGGGCGAGAAAGAGACAGCCCUUUUUGAGCUUCCACUCAACCGCCACUUCGGGGAGGGGGUCCAAGAGGCAACGGCGGCCGGACACCCUAUCCCCCCUCCCCCCCGAACCGGAGCUUCCAGUCCGGGUCCCUGGCACGAGGAAGAAGGCUCCUGAGCUCCCCUCCCCGGCUAGACAGCCGCAGUAGGAGGUGGGGGCGAGGAGUCGUUUGCCGCCCGGGCGGCUGAGCCCCCGCCGAGAGGCGCUGCGCCGGCGGUGGAGACUAGCGUUCCCUCCAGCCCCGGGGGCAGAACUUUCUCGCCCUCCUCUUCCCUCCCCCGCAGCCGGACUCCCUCCCCAGCCGAGCAGAACUCCGGGAGGAGAAGGCGUCGCGGAGACAGCCCGGGCAGCGGCCUACCUUUUCCAGGGCCGGCAUCAUGUCGGCGGCGCAGGUGUCCUCGUCCCGGAGACAAUCUUGUUACCUGUGCGACCUACCCCGCAUGCCUUGGGCCAUGAUCUGGGACUUCUCGGAGCCGGUUUGCCGCGGUUGUGUCAACUACGAGGGCGCCGAUCGCAUCGAGUUCGUGAUCGAGACAGCGCGCCAACUGAAGCGGGCGCACGGCUGCUUCCAGGAUGGCCGUUCCCCGGGGCCGCCGCCGCCCGCGGCGGCAGCGGCGGCGGCGGCGGCGGCAGCGGCUCAGCAACAGCAGCAGCAGCAGCAACAACAGCAACAGCUCAACCAUGUCGACGGUUCCAGCAAGCCUGCGGUGCUGGCGGCCCCGUCCGGCCUGGAGCGCUACGGUCUGAGCGCAGCCGCAGCCGCUGCUGCUGCCGCUGCCGCCGCCGCCGAACAGCGCAGUCGCUUCGAGUACCCACCACCGCCGGUGAGCCUGGGAAGCAGCAGCCACGCCGCGCGGCUGCCCAACGGCCUGGGGGGUCCCAAUGGCUUCCCCAAGUCGACCCCGGAGGAAGGGCCCCCGGAACUGAACCGCCAGAGUCCCAACUCGUCCUCAGCGGCGGCGUCGCGGCGCGGAACGCACGGUGGGCUAGUGACAGGGCUGCCCAACCCUGGGGGUGGCGGAGGACCGCAGCUUACCGUGCCCCCCAACCUGCUGCCGCAGACGCUGCUUAAUGGACCACCCAGUGCCACAGUGCUACCCCCCCCGCCGCCCCACGGACUUAGCAGCCGUGGACCCCCGACGCCCGCGCCCCCAGGGGCCCCUGGGGGUCCUGCUUGUCUCGGCGGCGCCCCGGGCGUGUCGGCUGCAUCGUCCUCGGCUUCGUCUUCGACCUCGUCGUCGGUGGCCGAGGUGGGCGUGGGUGCCGGUGGCAAAAGACCCGGCUCGGUGUCUAGCACAGAUCAGGAGCGCGAACUGAAGGAGAAGCAGCGCAACGCCGAGGCCCUGGCCGAACUGAGCGAGAGCCUUCGCAACCGCGCGGAGGAGUGGGCCAAUAAGCCCAAGAUGGUCCGCGACACGCUUCUCACGUUGGCUGGUUGCACACCCUACGAGGUGCGUUUCAAGAAGGACCACUCGCUGCUGGGCCGCGUCUUCGCCUUCGACGCCGUCUCCAAGCCCGGCAUGGACUACGAGCUGAAGCUGUUUAUCGAGUACCCCACAGGCUCGGGCAACGUGUACUCCAGCGCGUCUGGUGUCGCUAAGCAGAUGUACCAGGACUGCAUGAAGGACUUCGGCCGGGGACUCUCCUCCGGCUUCAAGUACCUGGAGUAUGAGAAAAAGCACGGCUCCGGGGACUGGCGCCUGCUGGGGGAUCUGCUGCCGGAGGCUGUGCGCUUCUUCAAGGAGGGCGUGCCCGGCGCGGACAUGCUGCCCCAGCCCUACCUGGACGCCAGUUGCCCCAUGCUGCCCACGGCGCUGGUGAGUCUAAGCCGCGCCCCCAGUGCACCGCCCGGAACCGCGGCCCUGCCGUCUGCCGCCCCUUCGGGCCGGGGUGCAGCCGCUAGCCUUCGUAAGAGAAAGGCGUCCCCCGAGCCUCCGGACUCGGCCGAGGGUGCUCUGAAGCUGGGCGAGGAGCAACAGAGGCAGCAGUGGAUGGCGAACCAGAGCGAGGCGUUGAAGCUAACCAUGUCGGCCGGGGGCUUUGCGGCGCCAGGGCACGCGGCCGGGGGCCCGCCCCCGCCCCUUGGACCCCAUUCCAAUCGGACCACCCCUCCAGAGUCAGCUCCGCAGAAUGGCCCAUCCCCCAUGGCCGCUCUCAUGUCGGUAGCAGACACUCUGGGCACGGCGCACUCGCCCAAGGAUGGCAGCUCGGUGCACUCCACCACCGCGUCCGCGAGGCGCAACAGCAGCAGCCCGGUGUCACCGGCCUCCGUGCCAGGGCAGCGCCGCUUGGCAUCACGUAAUGGGGACCUGAAUUUACAGGUGGCACCCCCGCCGCCCAGUGCCCACCCGGGCAUGGACCAAGUGCACCCCCAAAACAUUCCGGAUUCCCCCAUGGCCAACAGCG